CUACGCACAAUCGCCCAACACGGCUAGCGAGGCGUCGGUCACCGACAGACUUGAGAACCACCUCCUACCCUUGAAGUUCCGCUGGGCGUCAUGCGUUGACCGUAUCCAGCCUUCUGUCGACAGCUCAGAGCAGGUUGCAAUAUGCCCUUGCUAGACGUUAUUCAUCUCUUCUUCAAGCCAGCCGCGACGGUUGACGAUGAGGACUCUAUUCUCAGCAAAGAGUGGGACAUGACGCUGCAGUAUGUGCUGCAUCAACCUCACCUAUACGCUGCGUAUACCUCGAAAUUGAGUGAACAACAUGAAAUCUGGGUUUUCCUGGUCUGGGAGUCCUACGCCGGCCGUAACGACUUCUACCGUCAGACAACUGGUUUUGGCUUCAUGGGCAAUCAUAUAGCCAAGGCACCUUACGUUUACCUCUUUGGAGAGGAUUCGUAUGAAGGGCUCGAUCACACGCACCAGUGGACUAUCGACAUCAUCGGUGCAGAGGCUGGAGCUGCUAAAGGCUCGCAGAACACACAUGAUCCGAAGCAAAAACUCGACGUGCAAGAAGAGCAAUUUGUUCAACUUUUGAGUCGGCAUGACUUUGUGGCUCGACAGGAGAAGAAAUCUAUCUGGAGCUACUAUGUGGACAGCCGCUUCGAAGAUGCGAUCGCCGCUCUCGUCAAGACAGAGAAUCGCAGACAUCAGGAUUUGAAGUGCGGGUUGAAAUGGAAGCAGUUUUCCAUCGAGCUUCACAAGUGCGGCCAAACUCCAUAUCCAGCUUCUCCCCACGUCGGCAUGCCUCUGAACAUCGCAGACCUUAUAAAAAAACAGCCUUGGGAAUACGGUGUAAUAUUGCACGACCAGUCUUCACAGUACUGGGACACCGCGUAUCCGAUGAGUCUAUCAUUCCAGCCGAUGAUGGUACUCAGUAAGGCAAACAUCUUCCUGCCAGAACGCGUGAAUCGACAGACCGUGGAACCGACAACUGCUGACGAGUACGCCAUGGCCAUCAUCUGCGUCAAGCUAAAGGUUGCGUCAUUUGAGCUUGAUAAGCACCUUGUAGAAUCUCUACGCGAGUUAGUUGGACUCCAAGACGGCGUGAGCGGGCUACGCCAACUCAAUCUUCUAUUGAAUUCUGAUCAGAACAAUGAGAUAGUAUUCCUCUCUGGUAAGUGUACUCUCGCCGUACCUUAAGCUGUGUCAAUGACGUUGCAUGUAGUAUGGGAUACUACUUCUGAUCUCAC